UGCUGUUUGCGGCACUGAAACAAACUAUUUAGCUAUCCACACAAUUUGCAUUGCACAAUAUCCACGUUAUUAAGGAACUGUGAGAAAAGAGCACAUGACACAGUGCGUUGCAGUGUACACAGAGCUUCGCAUUCACUUGAAUGAUCACCCUCAGAAAACAUAGGGGAACUUCAAUGCCUAGCUGCCGACUUCCCAGACACCCAAACAAACGAGAAGCCUUGCUACGCCCACUGCAGCCUGGAGAGCUGUGUUUGACAUAUCGUGCAGGAAGGUCGCCAACACUGAAGCUCUCUACACGAAGGAGAGAACUCGGGCUUAGAACCCUCUGUAUCCAAUAGAGGCUCUGACUACGACGUUGUUGUUUGUUUACUACCCAGUGCCUGAGAUACAGCUGUGUCUGCUUCACCAAUCCAGAAUGCUGCAUUUUAUCUAUAGAAGUUGCAUCUUCUGUUCACUGGUGACAUCUUUAGUUCUGGAAGAGGUGGCAGGCUGUGUCUGCAAUGCUAACCAUUUUUGUGAUUGCUCCUCGAUGGGCCUGAAAUCUAUCCCACCCAACCUGCCUAAAGGAAUGAUAGGUCUGGAUUUGUCCAACAACAAAAUACAAGUUUUGACUGGCAGUGACCUGAAUGCAUACAAUAAACUGGAAAUACUACACUUAACUUGGAAUGAAAUACAAACUAUCAGUGAUGACACUUUUGAUUCACUUAGGAACCUUAAAGAUAUGGAUUUAUCCUACAAUAAGUUAAAAAACUUGUCACCUACUUGGUUUCGCAAUCUUCACAUGCUGAAAUAUUUAAAUCUGUUGGGCAAUUUAUACCCAACUCUAGGAAUCUCCUCCCUCUUCUCCAGCCUUUCUUCACUGACUUCUUUGAAAUUUGGAAAUCAGUACUUGUCUGAUCUUAAACUGGAAAACCUUAAAGGUUUAGAGAGAUUAGACGAAGUUCAUAUACAUUUUCCCAAUCUCAAGGAAUAUGCGAAGGGAAGUUUGAAAGAAAUACAGCAUAUUAAUUACAUUAUUCUGACAAUGAACAUUAACUUAGCGCCUGAUAUACUGAAUGACCUUGUGUAUUCAGUGACUUUGUUUGAAAUAAGAAAUAUGUCACUUUUAUUACCUGAAGAUGUCACUGGAUUUUCACUUUUCACAGAGACGAGUGUUAGAAAAUUAAUCUUUAAAAACUGCACAAUUACUGAUAAAAGCACUGCAAGGUUGCUUGAAAUUAUGCAACAUUAUAAAAACAUUACUGAUUUAAUUUUGGAGGAUAGCGAACUCUUAGGAACAGGACAAGGGUACCCUUUACUGAAAGACGAUAAGAAUUCUCUUACAACAAUAAUUAUAAGAAAUUUGCAGAUACCAAAUUUUUACUUGUUUUCUGAUCUCAGUUUUGCGUACAUAUUAGUAAAACAUAUAAAAAGCAUAACCUGUACAGGAACAAAUGUUUUUUUAAUUCCCUGUAAUUUUUCACGGUCUUUUUUAUCCAUGGAAUACUUGGAUGUCAGUGAAAAUUUGUUGACAGACAUAUUUUUGGCAAGCUCUGCCUGUUUUCUUGAUGGUGGUGGUGCGUGGCCCCUAUUGAAAACUUUAAAUGUGAGCAAAAAUCUGCUUACUAAGUUACCAGAUGUUGCCCAUUUGUUGUCUAGCCAGCCAUAUCUAAUUAAUCUUGAUUUAAGCCAGAAUAAAUUUGGUGAGUCAUCACUCUCAGAAUGUAAAUGGGCGCCAACCCUUAAAUACUUAAACCUGUCAAGCUGCCAGCUAAAAGAGAUACAUCUCUGCAUUCCUACCACCUUGGAAAUCUUAGAUAUAAGUUCUAAUUAUCUAACAACAUUUGUGGCAAAAAUGCCAGAUUUAAAGGUACUUUAUGUAUCCAAUAACAGAAUGUCAAAACUGCCAGGUAAUGCACACCUUCCAAGUCUAGGUCUCUUAAUUAUUAGGGCAAAUAAAUUAAUUGGCUUCUUUAAGUCGGAUUUAGAGGUCUUCUUGAAAUUAACUGGCUUAGAUGGAAGGGACAAUAGUUAUGACUGCUCUUGUGAAUUUCUAGAUUACAUCAAGUCCCAUUCUGAGAUACUGUUAGGGUGGCCUGAAAAUUAUAUUUGUGACUCACCUUCUUCUGUGAGAAAUCUAAAGAUACAGGAUGCUCAACUGUCCAUUGUGAAGUGUCACAAAACUCUAUUUGUUACGGUAUCAUGCAUUAUCUUGAUAGUAGUCAUAGCCAUUAUUGUGGCACUCUGCCACUUCCUCCAUGUGAUCUGGUAUGUGAAAAUGACCUAUGCAUGGUUGAAAGCUAAAAGGAAGCCUUUGAAGGUGUCAGAGAGAGAGAUCUGCUAUAAUGCUUUUGUAUCUUACAGUGAAAUGGAUUCUGAAUGGGUGGAGAACAUGAUGGCACAAGAGUUGGAGAAUUCUGCUCCAUCACUGAAACUCUGUCUUCAUAAACGGGACUUUGUACCAGGGAAAUGGAUCAUUGACAAUAUUAUUGAUGCAAUGGAGAAAAGUUACAAAACUUUAUUUAUCUUGUCUGAGAACUUUGUUCAGAGUGAGUGGUGCAAGUAUGAGUUGGAGUUCUCUCAUUUUCGUCUUUUAGAUGAAAACAAUGACACUGCUAUUUUAAUUCUUUUGGAACCCAUCGAAAAAGAAAGCAUGCCCAAAAGGUUCUACAAACUGAGGAAGCUCAUGAACACAAAAACAUACAUGGAAUGGCCUGCAGAUGAAGAAGAGCAAAAACUGUUCUGGGAAAACUUGAGAACAAUUUUGCAAAUUGAGUAUGCGGAUGCAUGAAAAUGUUUUGAUACAAGCUAUUCUGUUAUGUGAAGUAACUAUAUAUAAUUAUGUUUGUGUGUAUAUAUGUAUUCUGUAUCUGUGUGUGUAUGUGAAUAUGAUCAUAUGUAUACAAAAAACAACAACAAAUAUAUACAUAAUUAUAAAAUAUAAUGUCUGGGUUACCAGUCCUUCGAUUGACAAACUCUGAAGUUAAUGCUUCAAUUUUUCCAUGGUGCUCUUGCUGCCUUUUGAAAACGAGGGGUUUCCAAAUUUAGUGCAACACUGCUUUAUUCUAACAAGCAGAUACAAAUACAGCAAACUAUGCUACAUAAUGUCAACAUUUCAGCCCUGACACGUCCUGAGGAAAGCCCAAUGAAUGUCCUAUGACUGAAACUGAAAUAUUGAUAAUAGAGAAGAGGUCCAGGCACUACAGUAGCUUUAGGCACAUUUAUUAGAACAAAAGGAACACACUAAAGUUUUGACCCACGAUUGGGUCUUUUUCAAGCACGGGUCGAAAUGUUGUAGUGUUCCUAAUAAAUGUGCCUAAAGUUAUUGGAGUGCCUGGACCUCUUCUCUAUUAUUGAUAUUUCU